AUGCAGCCAGGCGUCACCCUCCUGCUCCCCCUGGCCCGGCUGCUGGCCACCGCCUCCCAGCCCCCCGGGGGGGCCAGCCCGAAGGACCAGGGGGACACGGACGCCCCACGCUGCCCCAGCCCUUGCGCCUGCAGCUUGGACGACUACAGCGAGGAGCUCAACGUCUUCUGCAGCGCCCGCAACCUGACGCGCCUGCCCGAGGACGUCCCCCCCAACGCCAAAGCCCUUUGGCUGGAUGGCAAUAACUUCACCCUGCUGCCGGCCGCUGCCUUCAGGAACCUCUCAGCCCUGGACUUUCUGGACCUGCAGAGCAGCCAGCUGGCCGCCGUGGAGCAGCACGCCUUCCACGGGCUGCGGAGCCUCUACCACCUCCACCUCGAACGCAACCGCCUCAAGCACUUGGCUCCCCACACUUUCCUGCACACCCAGAACCUCGUCUCCCUCAGCCUCAACAACAACUACUUCAGUAAGGUGGAGGAAGGGCUGUUCGCUGGGCUCUCCAACCUCUGGUAUCUGAACCUGGGCUGGAACUCGCUCGUGGUCCUGCCCGACAAGGUCUUCCAUGACUUGCCCAACUUGAGGGAGCUGAUCCUUGCUGGGAACAAGCUCCCCUACCUCCAGCACCAGCUCUUCUGCAGCCUUACCGAGCUGAAGGAGCUGGACCUGAGCGGCAACGCGCUCAAGGGCAUCAAGAUCAACAUCUUCGUCAAGCUGCAGAAGCUACAGAAGCUGUACCUGAACCACAACCAGAUCAACGCCAUCGCGCCCCGCGCCUUCAUGGGCAUGAAGUCCCUCCGGUGGCUGGAUCUCUCCCACAACCGGCUCGUCUCACUGUUUGAGGACACAUUUCUGGGCCUCCUGAGCCUGCACGUCCUACGCUUGUCCACCAACUCCAUCGCCGGCCUGAGGCCCAGGACUUUCAAAGACCUCCAGUUCCUGGAGGAGCUGCAGCUGGGGCACAACAGGAUCCAGAGCCUGGCGGAAAGGACCUUCGACGGGCUGGGCCAGCUGGAGGUCCUCAGCCUCAACAACAACCAGCUACAAGACAUCAGGGUUGGGGCAUUCCAAAUGGCAGUGAUGCACUUGUCUGCAAACUGCAGCAAGGUCCUCCCCGACUAUGUCUUCAAGGGGGUCGCCAAGUUGCACAGCCUCCACCUAGAGCACAGCUGCCUCGGCAGGAUCCAGGCAAACACCUUCUCCAGCCUCUCCAGCCUGCGGCGGCUCUUCUUGCAGCACAACGCCAUCUCCGUCAUCGAAGACCAAAGCUUCAGCGAACUGCACGAGCUCCUGGAGCUCGACCUGAAGCACAACAGGCUGAGCCACCUCUCGCCCCGGCUCUUCGUGGGUCUGAGCAACCUGGAGUACCUCUUCCUCUCCUCCAACCAGCUCCUGGAGAUCUCCCAGGACACCUUCAGCCCGCUCCAGAGACUCUUCUGGCUUGACCUCUCCCAUAACCAGCUGGAGACGCUAGACAACACCGUCAUCUCCCCCCUGGCCAACCUGCGGUACCUCAGCCUGAGGAACAACUCACUGGAGACCUUCUCGGUGGGCUUCCUCUGCGCCUCCUUCGCCCUGGAGCAGCUGUGGCUGGGGGGCAACAACUGGCAUUGCAACUGCUCCCUGAAGGGCCUGCGGGACUUCUCCCUGCAGCACCCCGUGGUGGUCCCGCGCUUCGUGCAGUCCGUGGCCGAGGGGGACGAUGCCCACGUCCCCGUCUACACGUACAACAUCCUCACCUGCCUCCACCCCCCGGCCGUGGCAGGCCUGGACCUCCGCGACACCACCGAGGACAGCUUUGCUCACUGCUGA